UUUUCCACUUGUACAAAACCCCCACAAUUUCAUUUCUCCUCUCUCACUUCCACUUCACCUACCAACACACAAACAAGGGAAGAAAAACCAAUGGCGCUCUGGGAGACGCUAACGGAAUCGAUCAACCAUUACACGGGCCUCUCGCCGGCGGCGUUUUUCACCAUACUGGCUCUGAUGUACGUCACUUACAAGGUGGUCUGCGGCAUGUUUGUUGCAGCAGAUGAUUACGCCGCUGUCAAGAGAGCCAAUGAAUUUGCCCUCCGCGAGCCCGUGCAGAUGGGCGAUGUCACCGAGGAAGAGUUGAGAGCGUAUGAUGGCUCCGACCCCAGCAAGCCCUUGCUCAUGGCGAUCAAGGGACAGAUCUAUGAUGUGUCUCGUUCCAGGAUGUUCUAUGGGCCUGGUGGGCCAUAUGCACUGUUUGCCGGUAGGGAUGCAAGCAGAGCCCUGGCUCUCAUGUCAUUUGACCCUAAAGACCUUACUGGAAACAUCGAAGGUCUGAGUGCUUCUGAGUUGGAGGUUCUGCAGGACUGGGAAUAUAAGUUCAUGGAGAAGUAUGUUAAGGUUGGACAGCUAGUUUCCAAAAACACAUCAGAGUCCAAAGAAACUGGAAAUGAAAGUGAAGCAAGCAAACACGCGGAAAAUAAAUCAGAGGAAAAACAGAAAGAAGGACAUGAAACGCAAUAGAAGAUAUCUAUGGCUUAAAACUUUUCCUUUUGCUGGAAAUAUUUGUUGCUGGAGGCCCAUGCUUAUGUUUUGAACAGCAUUAUAGUCUCUUUGAUCGUGUAAAUUUUCCUGCAAAUAGAACGUCCAUGUGAACCUCACUGCUGUGCUAUUUGUACUAUUAAGGGAUCAAGUACUUAGAAGACUUUGAACUGAUGGCUGUCGAAUGUUAAUAAAGGACUGCUAUUUGGGUUUGGAUUCUUUC